AUGGUGGAGGGGUUCAGUCUUCCUCAUCUCCGUAAGAGCAAGGGGAGCAUUGUGAACACCUCCAGCAUUAGUUCAUCUUCCGUUGCCCGCGACAUAAGCAUGUACUGUGCAACCAAAUUUGCACCUUCGACUAUACGUACAUCGUUGGUGGAGGAUUAUGUAGAUUCCCUGCCAAGCCCUGGAGAUGUCAUGCAACAGUUGAAAGACAGCAUGGUUAUAUCAAAGAAAUAUUUUGUUGACAUAUCCAUUUCCUUGUUCGUUGGAGAUGCAUCUGGCUCGUGUGGGUCAUUGACAAUUAUGAAGCCUACGUUUGUGGACAGAAACGUCACCUUGAAAUUUAUCCCUCGUCAUCGAUGGAUCGCAAACAUUGUCUGGAUGUACACUCAUGAGUGGGACGUAACAAAGGAACACACAGUUAAAGGCAUAGAGAAACAUUUUCAACAAAAUGUUGAGGACGGGCUAAACUAUCAUACUAUGAUGUUCUUCGCGGAAGACUCUCGCAAUAAUUCGAAAUUUCAUGUUCAAUGUAGCGAUGGGAAAGGGAAUAGUUCAACAAACACUGUGAAGCUACACUUACAUGAUAAGCAGCUUAUUGGACCAAUAAUGGAUAACUGCGUUUACGGCAAUGCAGACACUAUCAUUUAUUGUAACACAAGUCGUACGACAGGAAAAUCUCAUGUGACCUUUUCCAUUGGAAGCACAGUAAUAACAAUGCCAGAGAAAGAGACAGAGCCAGGGGUAUAUACAGUUGUACUAGUCUCAAACACGUGGAGGGACAAUGACGGUCACAUUGCAACUUGCAAGAUCUCUAACAAUGAUUAUGUACACGACCUGAACAGUUCAGCUAAAUUGUGUUACAUGGAGAAAGGCUCGGACCCUAUUUUGAUCAUACAAGAAUACAUUCACGAUGAAAAUACAACACUUAGUUGCGAGGUGUCAAAUACACGACCCCCAACGAUGAUUGAAAUAUUGGUAGACAAUACACCCAUCAGCAAUGCUGUUCAUGAGGAUUUAUUGAACGAAACGUCAAAAACUUUUGACAGUAAAGCUUCCAUAUUGAUAAUAGACAAGAAGUGGAAUGGGAAGGAAAUAUGUUGUCUACAGAAUGACACCAUGUUUGUUGAUUGCACAACGGGCGAAAUCGAUUGUCUGGAAGGUAGUUCUGGGAAUGACACACGUACUAGUGGUAUACGCAUCGAGAAGAAAUGCCCGCUAAAUAAAACUGAAGCGACCGACAACGGAAUAAUUAAAUGCGAUCGAACAAAUGCUUCGGAAGAUGGAUCUAAACCACGCCCAGAGUAUGUUGCAGGCGACAACAGUACGAGGUCGUUCAAGCUUCCGCUGCAGCCAAUAUUGGUAGGAAUAGGAGCGUUUGUUGUUGUCUGUAUAAUCGUUGCGUCAGCAAGGACAUUGGUACGGUGGAGUAAAGGUAAAGGUAGCAUCCGGAAUCCGGACAAUAUAGAAGUCUCAUCAGCGAACGAUGCUACCCACUCUCGUGAUACAAAUGAGUGUGUGGAAAUGCCUGAGACAUCAGUGGAUAUGGAUGCCUCUCACGAUUUGGAAAACGAUUAUGUCAAAUUGCAGACACGGGAAGACUCCAUGAUGGCCCGGAAGCCAAUCACAGCUAUUAAGUCAAAGCAUGCGGAAAGCAGUCUGAUUUACGCGGAUCUGGACAUCGACCAUCUACAGAAAGCCUGCGUUGUUCCGAUACCUGGCCCAAGACCAAACAGACGAAAAGAAGCUACGGUGUAUGAUGAUAUAGACUUUUCUAAAACAAAAUCCGCGGGACCUCAUUAAAUAUAAUAGGAUACGUGUAGAAACGCGUAGAUUGUGUCAUGACUCUGGCAAAACAGGAUUACAACAUUGCUUAUGUAUAACUCGGGAAGACUGUGAAAUAACUGUUGCAAAACAGGAAAACUUCAUUGUGUAUACAUGCAAUUCGUUGAUUGUGU